AAAUAUCGAAAACAAAAAUUACAAUAUAAAAAAAAGAAAGAAAAGAAGAGAAAAGCAAAAGAAAAAGGAAGAGAGGAACUGGCAGUUUUCCGAGCUUCAUCUCUCCCAUUAUCCCAUAACGAUAAAGUUGAAGAAGCAACCCAAAGCUUGAAAAUCACACAGAGACCAUCGUGCGAGCGCACAGAGACAAUCCGUACGCUCACCGGCACGCAAUUCCAGACCAAUAUACCAUGCCUUCGACUCACGACCACUCGCAGCCACUCUUAGUCGACUCAGAACAAGACCAGCCCGAGACGGCCUACGACUCGGCCGAUAAGGUCCACGUGGUCGGGAUCGACGAACCGGAAGACGACGACUUCAAGACGCCGCCGUUUUCAUGGAAGAAGCUCUGGCUCUUCACCGGCCCUGGCUUCCUGAUGAGCAUCGCUUUCCUCGACCCUGGAAAUUUGGAGGGCGAUCUUCAGGCGGGUGCGAUAGCUGGAAACUCGCUGCUGUGGCUUCUCAUGUGGGCCACGGCUAUGGGGCUCUUGGUUCAACUGUUGUCGGCUCGGCUCGGCGUGGCGACUGGGCGGCACUUGGCUGAGCUGUGUAGAGAUGAGUACCCGACGUGGGCGAGAAUGGUGCUUUGGGUGAUGGCGGAGUUGGCUUUGAUUGGGGCUGAUAUACAGGAGGUUAUUGGGAGUGCGAUUGCUAUUAAGAUUUUGAGUAAUGGGGCUUUGCCGCUUUGGUCUGGGGUCGUCAUAACCGCUUUGGAUUGUUUCAUCUUUCUUUUUCUUGAAAAUUAUGGUGUGAGGAAGCUGGAAGCAGUGUUCGCGGUUCUGAUUGCAACAAUGGCACUGUCAUUUGCAUGGAUGUUUGGGGAAGCUAAACCCAGUGGCACCGAACUUCUUAUUGGUAUUUUGGUUCCUAAACUUAGCUCCAGAACAAUAAAGCAGGCUGUUGGAGUUGUUGGUUGCAUAAUUAUGCCCCACAAUGUAUUCUUGCACUCAGCUCUUGUACAAUCAAGGGAGAUUGAUCACAGCAAGAGAGGACGAGUUCAAGAAGCUCUCAAUUACUAUAGCAUAGAGUCCACCAUUGCUCUUGUUAUCUCCUUCGUUAUCAACCUAUUUGUUACCACUGUGUUUGCCAAGGGGUUUUAUGGUACAGACCUGGCAGACAGUAUAGGCCUUGUAAAUGCAGGGCAGUAUCUUCAAAAGAAGUAUGGGGGUGGGGUGUUCCCAAUUUUGUACAUCUGGGGUAUUGGGUUGUUAGCAGCUGGACAGAGUAGCACUAUUACAGGUACCUAUGCAGGGCAGUUCAUUAUGGGAGGUUUCUUAGACUUGAGAUUGAAAAAAUGGAUGAGGGCUUUGAUUACACGAAGCUGUGCAAUCAUCCCAACUAUAAUAGUUGCUCUUGUAUUUGAUACAUCAGAGGACACAUUAGAUGUUAUGAAUGAGUGGCUUAAUGUGCUUCAGUCAAUUCAGAUCCCUUUUGCACUUAUUCCCCUGCUUUUCUUGGUGUCAAAGGAGCAAAUCAUGGGAGUUUUUAAAAUUGGCCCUGUUCUCAAGAUUGUUGCGUGGCUUGUGGCUGCCCUGGUGAUGGUGAUCAAUGGUUAUCUUCUGCUGGAUUUCUUCUCCGCUGAAGUGAAUGGGUUGCUUGUUGGCUUCAUAGUGUGUGCUUUCACAGCUGGGUAUCUAGGAUUUAUAGUUUACCUUGUUUUCCAGGGCAUCGACUUUUCAAGUUGGUGCGGAUCAAAGAGGUUGCAGAUCCAGUGAACUGUAAUCACCAAUGCCAACUUCAAUUGCAAGACAAAUCUUGCGGUAUUUAGUGUAAUUGCCACAACCUCAAGGGCUGUCAGGGCUACAUAUACACACAACUUUUGCUGAUAAGAAGCAUAAGCUUAGUGUUUCUUCUGUAUGAUAGAACUUGUUUAUUGCCUUCGUUGUAUCCAGAGAACAGAGGAGGCUAGAAGGCAAACUGGUUAUGCUACUGAUACUUGUAGUAGCAUAAUGCUGUAGUUGUAACAUUGUAUCAAGUAAAUCCUGGCAAAAUGUUGGAAUUAGCCUUCGACACUAUGUACGGAAACCAUUUAUUCAAGGGUUUUUUAAGGGAGCUGAUUUUUCGUUGUCUCAA